UGCACACAGCGCUGGUGUUUGGACAGCGCGUAAAGUAGAGAGGAUCCGCUGCGUUUUGUCUCGUCCUUGGAUAAAACGUGUUAUUUUGAGUGCUGGCCUCCUUUAACGAAAAACAAACCGGAUGGCUGCAGCGACCAAGUUCAAUUUUUCUGUGAGGAGCAUCCUGGAUUUGCCUGAGCAGGAUACGGAGGUAGCACCGCGGUCGUCCCCGGUCUACUCCUCCUGCUCCUCCAGCUCUCCCUACAUCUCCUGGGUGGACUGCGACCGGAGCCUUUCUUCCGAUGAAGGCAGUCUCGAGGCCUCUCCCGACUCAACCAAACCGGAUGACUCGUCCCUGGACUCGGAGCCCGACAAGAGCAAAAAGAGCAAGAAGCGUCGAGUUUUGUUCUCCAAGGCCCAGACUUUGGAGCUGGAGAGGCGCUUCCGUCAGCAGCGCUACCUAUCCGGCCCAGAAAGGGAGCAGCUGGCCCGGCUCCUCAGCCUGACCCCGACCCAGGUGAAGAUUUGGUUUCAGAACCACCGGUACAAAAUGAAGAGAGGCCGGGCAGAAGGAGCGCUGCAGGAUGUGGAGAUAGCGCAUCCUCCAGUGCUACGCAGGGUCGUUGUUCCGAUCCUGGUCCGGGAUGGGAAACCUUUUCCCUCCUGCUUAGUCGACACAGAGAAACCUGGCUGUUUACAUCUUCCCUCUCAGGCAGCUCCCUUCUCCUUGGCCUACCCCUCUCUUCAGCAUCACUCCCCGGUCGCUCUUCCUCCCAGGUACCAGCACUUACCCACCGCCGCGGCCUCCAGAUUCGCCUGGAGGGACUUUUGGAGCGACUCGGUCCACUUUAACUCUUUCAAGUAAAAGGCCUCAUGUCAGUGCACAAACCUAUUUAGAAUUGUAUCAAAUGUUUUAUUGAAAGUUUUUCAAAUUUUCGAGCAGCUCAAGCGUUUAUAUUUUUCACUGUAGAACAAAAGAUAUUUUGCACAUUUUAUUUUGAUAUUUUGCGCGUCUGUGCCUAUUUUUACAACUCUGAUAUUUUCUCACAUAUGCGCUGGUAUAGCCUGUAGAUUUUUAAUUAUCCGGCGUUUAAACAUAUUUGUAUAAAUAAGUGUUGUUGAAGGUAAAAAUGUACAUUAGGCUGCAAUAGGCGGUGAUAGAAGAGGUAGCAGCAACAUUAUUAUUAUAGCCGGAAUGUUGGAAGGAAAAUAAUGCUAUUUGUUGUCUUUAAGGAGAUGUUGUGUGAAGGAUUUAACUGUUUCU